CUUGGGGUCACUAGGCAAGCCCGGGCCAGAAUCAGGAUUCUAAGUCGAUUUCGAUCUCGAAGCUGCUCUACAUAAAGGAGCAGACUUCUUCUCGUCGAUCCCCUUUUUUCUUUUUGUAUCACCAUCAAUAUCUUGACGAUAUAGUAGCUUCUUUUUGGCUCAGGAGCCCUGCAUAGUCUCUCCUUUCCUACGAAAGCCCCUAUCCUUGUACAUAUACCCAUACUCAAGUUGUAUAUACAACACCAGUACAUACUAUAUACCCUCCUUUUAACCCCUUUUUGAAACAUAUACAAAAUGUGGUCUCCCAAGGUUGCUGCCGCUGUCCUCGCCUUUGUUGGUGCUACCAACGCCUGGCAGCCCCCGACAUACAGCGGCUGGAACUUGGUCUGGACUGACACCUUCGCUGGCAACGGUGGCACUUCUCCUAACCAGAACAACUGGAACAUCAUUACCGGAAACCUGAACGUCAACGCCGAGCAGGAGACCUACUCCUCCAGCACCGCCAAUGUUCAGCUCAGCGGUGGAAGCACCCUGCAGCUGGUCCCCUGGAGAGAUAGCAGCAAGGGAACCAGCACCUUUGGUGGCUGGACCUCCGGUCGUCUUGAGUCUAAGUACACAUUCACUCCUCAGGCCGGCAGGGUCACCCGUCUUGAAGCCGCCAUCCGCUUCGGCAGCAACGCUCAGGCCAACAAGCAGGGUAUCUGGCCUGCUUUCUGGAUGCUGGGUGACUCCCUCCGUCAACCGGGCGGCAGCUGGCCCAACUGUGGUGAGAUCGACAUCAUGGAGACUGUCGACGGCCAGGCUACCGGCCACGGUACCCUUCACUGCGACGUCUACCCCGGCGGUAUCUGCAACGAGGGUAACGGUAUUGGAGGCCCUGUCAACAUCGCCAACGUCAACGACUGGCACGCGUGGCGUGUUGAGAUCGACCGCACUCCCAGCAGCUGGCAGUCCGAGACCCUCACCUGGUCUCUCGACGGCACCAACUACUUCCAGAUCACUGGUUCCCGCAUUGGCAACCAGAACGUCUGGAACAACAUUGCUCACAGCCCCCUCUUCUUCAUUCUUAACGUUGCUGUCGGUGGCAACUGGCCUGGCAACCCCAACAGCGCCACCCUCGAUGGCUACGGAAGCAUGAUGGAGGUUGGCUACGUCGCUCAAUACUCUACCUAAGAACCUUGCUUUCUUGAGGUAGCUGUUUGUGACAUGCGAUACCACAGUACAUAAGCCUGAGAUCCUCUCGGGCUCAGUGGCAAAUCAGGAGGAUGAGCAUUUUCACUUCCUCUUGUCACUAUGCACAUACAUGCCCUUUUAUGAUGUAUAUAUCCUUUUUCUUCAUGUAUAUAUUGCGCUUUGCUUUGCGAAGAUGAGUGGAUAAGUACGAAUUGAUGAUGCUUAUGUUUAUAUAUUUAUAUGAGCU